AUGGUGGCUGAGACAAACCGCUAUGCUGAGGCGUUAGCUUCCACCGAGCUAGCGAGUCACUCUCGUUUACGUGACUAUAAACCCAUUGAUCGCUCUGGGAUGGAGGCGUUUUUGGCCAUUCAGAUCAGCAUGGGGCCUUCAACUCACGAUCGCUGUCUGGGUAUUGGCCAUAGUUCAGUUGUUGGCUUGCUAAGGGAAGCCAAGCUUUUGGGGAAGGGACACAGUCUCUAUACUGACAGCUACUACACCUCCCCCGCUCUUUUCCAAGAGCUCCACCGGCAAAACACCGGCGCGUGUGGAACUGUUCGUGUGAACAGGAAAGGCAUGCCCCCUCAACUCCAUGGUCUGAAAUUGUGGCCUUCAGAACCCCCUGUGUUUUUUGAAAAACGUCCACUUUUAACUGCGUCUUUUCGUGAUGAUGGUACAGUCACCGUCCUCUCCACAGUGCACGACAAUCUCGUUAUCACCAAACGAGUGCGUAGAAAAGGGCCUGAUGGCUACAGAACUUUGCGCAAGCCAAAGAGCGUGGAGGACUACAACCGCUUUAUGGGAGGGGUAGAUCGCGGAGACCAGCUAUGCUCCUAUUACAGCUACCGACACCGUGCAAUGAAGUGGUACCAUCGGAUGUUCCAUCAUAUCCGAGAGGUCGCACUUGUGAAUGCCUACAUCUUGCACAAAGAAAGUGGCAAUACAAUGCAGUCUGCUGGAUUCCGCGAGCUUGUGGUGAAGGGGCUACUGAGACGGAGGCAAAUUGAGCUCACUCCACCUCCCAGGCCAAUCAGCACACCGUUAGUGCCCGUGCGUCUCACUGGUCGACACUUUCUCGGACAACACGAGAAAUCGCGUCCGGACUGCAAAGUCUGUUCCACGCAGAAGCGCAGUCCAGAUGACGCACGAAGAGGGAGGAAGCAGACACCUUUCUUCUGCAAGACCUGUCCAGACCACCCUGCACUGUGCCCCACUGACUGCUUUGAGAUGUACCAUACAAAGCUUGUGUACAAACACUGAAUCUUCCAUCUCAGGCAUCCACCACUACCAGCCUAGGUCGUCUAGGAGCACUUUCAAUCAGUUAAAUCAGCCUUCUUUCAAUCAGUUCAAAGGAUCAGUUCUUUCAAUCAGCUCAAAUGAUCAGUUCUUUCAAUCAGUUCAAAUGAUUAGUUAUUCCAAACAGUU